AUGGCCGGCGACGGCAGCCACGUCAACGUUUCCACGAUGGCCGCCCAAGAGCCUCACGCGGACCCUGAGCUGCUGCCGCGGCUGGCGUCGCCGAUGGAGGCCAGGAACACGGAGGAGUUCGCCAACAUGUUUGCACGUUUCCUUCGACUGGCGCCGUUCAGGUCUGUCCCGCCGGCAGGCCCGCGCUCCCGGGGGGAACGUGCGGAGUGCGCGGCGUGCCUCGAGGGCUACGCGGCGGGCGACACGGUCAGGACGCUGCCGUGCUCGCACGGCUUCCACGGGCACUGCAUCCUCCGCUGGCUCGCGGCCAGCCGCCUCUGCCCGCUCUGCCGCUUCGCCAUGCCGGCCGAGAUGGAACCAGGGUUUUAA